AUGGCGGUUAAAACCGACAUGAGCAAAGCCUACGAUAGACUUGAGUGGGAGUUCAUCCGUUUGGUCUUUGAGAGAUUGGGAUUCCACUCUCAAUGGAUAGCUUGGAUCAUGGAAUGUGUUUCUUCUGUUACAUACGCCUUCCUCAUCAACGGCUCGCCUAGAGGACAUGUUAAACCGAGUCGAGGCAUCCGACAAGGAGACCCUCUCUCAUCCUACAUCUUCAUCCUUUGUAGUGAAGUGCUCUCGAGACUAUGUAACAGAGCUCAAGAAACGGGUCAGCUGGCCGGCAUUUGGGUCGCUAGGGGUUGCCCUCAAGUGAACCAUCUCCUAUUUGCGGACGACACCAUGUUUUUCGUCAAGGCAAACAAAGACAACUCUCUAGCUUUGAAGGAGAUUCUCCAAAAGUACGAGAUGGCUUCGGGGCAGUCAAUCAACGCAAACAAGUCCUCCAUUACCUUCUCUAGGAAAGCUCCACUCUCGCUUAAGACAAUGGUAAAGGACUGUCUUCAGAUUCCGAAAGAAGGUGGCAUUGGCAAAUAUUUGGGGCUUCCCGAACACUUCGGCCGAAAGAAAAGAGACCUUUUCACUUCGAUAGUGGACCGGAUCAAAGUAAAAGCGAAGGGAUGGUCAAACAAGUUCCUCUCCACGGCAGGCAAGAUGGUCAUGACCAAGAGCGUCCUAACUCCUAUCCCAUCACACGCCAUGAAUUUCUUUAAACUGCCCCGCUCUCUAUGCUGGGCGAUUGGUAAUGGGGAAGAUAUCAACAUCUGGACUGAUCCUUGGCUCAGUCUCUCCGCCCAAGCUCGCCCUAUGGGCCCGCCGCCAGAGCAAUACCUCGACUGGACAGUCAAGCACCUUAUGCUGCCAAACAGUACAGAAUGGAACAGAGCACUUAUACAACAUGUACUCCCACUCGAGGAGCAACGCAUCCUUAGCUUAAAGCCAAGUACGACAGGAGCCCCCGACAAGUUGAUCUGGCUGGGAACUACGUCCAGAGUGUACACGACAAAGUCCGGUUAUCAUAAGGCGUUAGAGCUUAGUGAAGAAGGCCCGACCCCGACCAUGAAUGUGACAAUGGAUUGGGAAAAAGGAGCAUGGAACCAACAAACGUCCCCAAAGAUUAAGCUCUUUCUUUGGAAGAUCUUUCAAAACGCACUCCCUGUCGGCGACCUCCUUGCCUUGAGAAAUAUUGGCACCACCCCAAACUGCACAAGAUGCAACUCAGCUGAAUCUAUCAACCACCUAUUCCUUCAUUGCGAUUUCGCUUACAAGGUUUGGAGGCUAGCCCCCUUCUCUUCAUGUAUUGAUACUAGAGGGUUGCUAGAUUUAGCUACAGGUUGGCAAACCCUUUGCAAUCUUAAGUGUCUGCCCCCAACGGGUGUCGCUCUAGGGCCAUUGGCUUGGAUUCUGUGGUCUCUAUGGCUGGCAAGAAACAACCGUAUUUUCAACAACAAAGACUCCACACCAGAGGAAGUGAUCACGAAGGCCAUUGCAGCAGCUCAAGAAUGGCUCCGGGAACAAGUCUCAGACACUACGCUGAAGGCUUCCCCCCCUAAACAGAGACCUACUGAACCAACCACCAUCACCUUGCUUCACACAGAUGCGGCAUGGAGGGCAGACAUCAACUUGGCGGGACUGGGAUGGACUAUAAAAGAAGAAGGACAAUCUAGCUCCUUUUUGGCACACUGCCAUUUUGUCAACUCCCCUCUGGUUGCUGAAGGACUGGCUCUACGAGAAGCUCUCAUCUGCUGCAUCGCCAAGGGUAUCCGGCGUGUAAGCUGCAAAUCUGAUUCUCUCCAGCUCAUACGAGCUAUCCAUGAAAAGGCUCCUAAUUCUCAGAUUUAUGGAAUUGUCUCCGACAUUUCAAACCUUUCACUUGCUUUUGAUUAUGUAUCAUUUAGCUGGAUUCAGCGAUCAGACAACAAGGCUGCUGAUGCCUUAGCAAAGCAAGCCCUAUUGAAUGAAGCUUAUGUAUCUUCUCCUUUGAACGUUUAA